AUGGAAAAAUUAAAUGAAGAAAGAAUUAUACUUAAUGUCGGAGGAAUAAAGUAUGAAACUUAUCGUUCGACAUUAAUAGCAUUUCCCGAAACAUUACUUGGCACAAUGUUUCAAGAAAGGAAUAAUGAAUUAUUGAAUUCAACAAAUAACAAUAAUGAAAGUAAUAAAGACGAAUAUUUUUUUGACAGGAACGGCAAAGCUUUUCAUUAUAUUAUGGAAUGGUAUCGUAAUGGUGGCGAAAUAAUUUGGCAUAAUCACGAUGGAGCAACGGUAGCAACAGAAGAAGGAAAAAAUGAUGAUGUUAAAUGUGUUGAAAGAGUUUGA